GGGCGCCCGCCGAUUUAAACCGAGCGUUACCCCAACCUCCAGCUGCAGCUCGAACACACCUCACCUGCUGCCUUAGUACUGUGUACACUCUCCAUCGGCUACUGCGCGUCCUACCUUCAGCAGCCGCGCACCUUCCAUCAGACGACAGCAACACUUUGAAUACCGGCGCGAUGGCCCCAGGCUCGGAGCGGACACCGCUCCUGGCUGACCGCCCACGCAACUCCGAAGACUCGACCCGCCGCGCCGAGGAAGAAGAUGCCGCCCUCCAUGGCACUACUAUCUCCCCCUCCGCGCCCCGCCGCGUCAUGCGCGAGGUAGUCCUCUUCGCCUGGGCCCUCAUCGCCACCGCCGCCGUCAUCGUCCUGGCCGUCAUCCUCCAGCACCACAACAGCACCACCUCCCCCUCCCCCUCCCAACCCCCACCCCCCAUCGCCCCAGGCGACCCCUCCGCCGGCGGACCCUACAGCACCGACAGCACCACCACCAAACCCCACAACAACAAGCGCAACCUGAUCUUCAUGGUCUCGGACGGCAUGGGGCCAGCCUCCCUCUCGCUCACCCGCUCCUUCCGCCAACUCACCGAGUCCCUCCCCAUCGACGACGUGCUGACGCUGGACCGGCACUUCUGGGGCACGUCGCGCACGCGCUCGUCCAACAGCCUGGUGACGGACUCGGCCGCGGGCGCCACCGCCUUCUCGUGCGGCCGCAAGAGCUACAACGGCGCCAUCAGCAUGCUGCCCGGCCACAAGCCCUGUGGGUCCGUGCUCGAGGCGGCGAAGCGGGCUGGUUUGGCGACGGGGUUGGUCGUCACGACUGAUGUGACGGAUGCGACGCCCGCGUGCUUUGCGGCGCAUGUCGAUAUGCGCAUGCAGAUGGAUGAGAUUGCGCUGCAGGAGGUGGGCGCGGGCCCGCUGGGGCGGACGGUUGAUUUGAUUUUGGGUGGGGGCAGGUGCCAUUUUCUCGGGAAUGGGACGAGCGGGAGCUGUCGGCAGGAUGAGGUGGAUGUGGUGGGGUUGGCGAAGGAGAAGUAUGGCUGGGGGUACAAGGGGGACCGUGCCGGGUUUGAUGAGCUGCGCGGCGGCAAGAAUGUGAGCUUGCCGAUGCUGGGGCUGUUUGCGGACACGGACGUGCCGUUCGAGAUUGACCGCCGCCACAUGGCCGACGUGUACCCGAGCUUGAGCGAGAUGGCUGCGACGGCGUUGACCGCCCUCGAGGACGCCACCAAGGACAGCGACAAGGGCUUCUUCUUGAUGAUCGAGGGCAGCAGGAUCGACCAUGCCGGCCACUUCAACGACCCCGCUGCACAGGUGCGCGAGGUGCUGGAGUAUGACAAGGCCUUCAAGCUGGUGGUGGACUUUUUGGAGAAGUCCGACACCGAGGGCGUCCUGGUGGCCACGAGCGACCACGAGACCGGCGGUUUGUCCACUGCUUGGCAGGCCCCCAACGAGCUGCCCGUCUACAACUGGCACCCGUCGGUGCUCGCCAAGGCCAACGCCUCGACCGAGUACUGCUCGUUGCUGCUGCACGAGCACAUGGCGUCGGCCGCGGCCGCCGGCGAGUCGGAGCAGUCGCUGAUCAACUGGAUCAACGAGGAGCUGGCGGUCCGCCGCCUCGGCAUCACCGACGCCCUCGAGAUCGAGCUCAACGCGCUCGCCUCCAACCCCGCUGCCGCCACCACCAUCUUCUCCGCCAUGGUCAGCUCCCGCGCCCGCGUCGGCUGGAGCACCCACGGCCACAGCGCCGUCGACGUCAAUAUCUACAGCUCCGGUGGCAAGGCCGCCGAGAAGAUUCGUGGUAAUGUGGAGAAUACCGAUGUCGGCAAGUUUUUGAGCGAGUAUCUGAGCGUGGAUGUUGAUGAGAUUACGCGGGAGUUGGAGGAUAAGCUGAAGGGGAGCGAGGCUGUUGAGGUCGAGGUGAAGGGGGAUGCUGAGAUGAGUGGCCACCCUAUUGAGUGGCUGAAGGAUGCUGGAUUUUAGAGGGGUGGUUUGUCUGGGUUGAGCAUAUAGUUGUGGAGUUGGAACGGGAUUGUGUGUGGAUGUAACGGUUGCUGUGUGCCAUGUUUCCUUUUUCUUUUUUCCUUGCUUAGCCUGCAUAGAGCGAGACUUGCUAUCUGGAGUUUUUACUCGAUUGAAUUUCAUGUCUAUCUCAAUCUUUCCGCCAUAGUAGUUCGCCCUCGCGCCAGGGAGCCAAGGUGAAAGACUGGAUGAGCUCA